ACUGCAGAGGUUCAGCAGCAGCAGACAUGAGCAGUUGAUCACAGAUGUGUGUGUGUGUGUAUUCAUUACACAAACACGCUUGUGUCCUGCUGCCUUCUCUCAGUGUUGUGCAUCAGUAAUAAAUCAAAGCUCGCCUUCCGUCCGAGUGCUGCAUCAGACUCUGUGUGUGUGUGUGUUUGUGUGUCUGUGUGUGUUUGUGCUCUGAAUGGAUACACAGCUUGUCGACAUUAACAACGUCUCUGUUCAUAGAGGUGAUUAUGCCUCUGACAGCUUUGUUCCUUCACACUUUCACUUGGGCCUGUGCAGCUGCAAUUGAACCCGUGCCCAAAAUUGAUGGACAGCAGACCUCUUCAAUAACUUUACAGGAGAAUGUUACUCAUCGCUUUAACUGCCAAUCAGAGGGAUGGAAUCCACAAGCCCCUCCUCUACUUUCCUGGUACCUGAAUGGGGAGAGGCAGAGCGAGGUUACUGGCAGCAGGGGGGUGGGGCGUCUGGUCAUGACAUCAUCAGGUGAUGCUGGCGAGCUGAAGUAUGGAUCUGAGAGGAACAGCACAUUCACGCUUAGACCCAAACGCUGGGACAGAGAGCUGAUGUGUUCAGCCCAAAACCCCUUGGGCGGAAAGAGCUACAAUGCAACUGUCACACUCAAUGUACAGUUCCAACCAGAGAUUCUGAGGGUUGACGCUCACUACAGCGAGACCUCGGACCCCGGCCUGUCCCUCAUUUUGUUUGCUUUGGUGCGAUCCAAUCCACCUGCUACUAUCAGCUGGGUGGAUCAGUCCGGUCAUCUGGUGGCCAACACCUCAGACUUUCUCAUACUGGACUCGCGGAGCUACCCGUGGCUAGCCAAUCACAGUCUACAUGUCACUCUGAGUAGCCUAUCAAGGAACAUCUCCAUUAAUGCCAACAACAGCCUUGGCUCCGCCCACACUAACUUGACUCUUACACGUAAUGAUGUGAUGAGAGGUAAUGACGAGAUGUCAGGUAAUGACGAGAUGUCAGGUAAUGAUGACAUAUCAGAAUUCUUGCAGUCACGGGUGGAGGUGCCAAUGUUUGGAAUAGUGACAGGUGGAGCUCUUGGAUUCGUUACCCUUCUCAUCCUCACGCUAAUGGUCUUCUUCCUCUUACAGAAAGACAAAACCAAAGCAAUCGAGGAUCCAAUUGCUCUGCAUCUUUCCUCCAAAUGCAGUAGUGAUGUACUGAAGGUUCAGGUGCAUGGGAUGUAUCUCCCAAGAGAGAAUAUGUCACUCCCAUCACAUGUGCAGUUGAAUGAUGAUCGUGCGCUCUGUAAGGGACAACAGAACUCCAAACAGAACACGCUGGAGAGGAGACGGGUAGAUGAGGAAGAGGAAGAUUUGUCCACAGCAUACGCUGCCAGAGGUCAGAGGUCAUGACCUGGUUUGCUAGAUAUCCAAUGGUGGGUUACAUCUAUAAAGUGAGCAGCACCAGUAGUGAUGAGAUCUGGCUCUGAUGAUCAUUCUCGCUGACUGUUUUGUUGACAUCAUUUAUGCUGACUGUUUCGAUGACAUCAUUUACGUUGACCAAUUCGGCGACAUCAUCCACACUGACUGAUUCAAUGACAUCAUUCACGCUGUUUCGAUGACAUCAUUCACGCUGACUGAUUCAAUGACAUCAUUCACACUAACUGAUUUGAUGACAUCAUUCACGCUGACCGAUUCGAUGACAUCAUUCACAUGCUAACCAAUUCUAUGACAUCAUUCACGCUCACUGAUUCGAUGACAUCAUUCACUCUGACCGGUUCGAUGACAUCAUUCACACUGACUGGUUCGAUGACAUCGUUCAUGCUGACUGGUUUAAUGACAGCUGAUUCAAUGACAUCAUUCACACUAACUGAUUCAGUUCAGUGUAUUAUGGGAUGACAUUGUUAAAAUGAAUGUUUGUGGGAAUAAUAUUUAAAGACCGGAAACUCCUGUUGAGUACGUUCAUACACAGUAUUUUAAAAACAAUAUGUACCCAGAAUUCUCUGCUGCUAUAUGGAAUGUAAUUUGUAAUAUAAAUGGAGCGUAUAUUAAAUCAUUAAUCAUUAUAAGAUCGGUAUAUAUUUAAAGAGGAGUAUAAUAAAAUCUUGACAUUAUAUUUAAAGAAGAGUUUGAUAAAAUCAUAUGUGUGUGUAUAUUUAUUUGUAAGUAUAUUUGUGUAUAGCUCAGUGUAAGUGUGUAGGUAUGAAUUAUGAUUUAAUAGAAGCAUGUCAUGUUCUUUCUGUCCACGAGGAGGCGCAGCUGCAGUCUUUACUCUUAAAUCUUCUGUAUCAUCUCAUGCUUGUCUCAGUCAAACAUUAAAAGAGACAUAAACUUGUCCAGAUACAUUACAGACUUCAAUAAACUAAACAUAUAAAGAAGAAACCAUUUCUUUCUUUUUUUUUAUUAAAUUUU